AUGGGGAUGGUGAGCAGCAAAAUGCAGGUCAAGGAGAAGGACAAGGGCCGAUGGAGCCCCCUGAAGGCCAACGCCCAGGACAAGGCCCCCCCACCACUGCCGCCCCUGGUUGUCUUUAACCACCUUACUCCUCCACCGCCCGAGGAACACCCGGACGAAGACAAGCAUUUCGCGGUGGCCCUCUAUGACUAUGCCGCUGUGAAUGACCGGGACCUGCAGAUGCUGAAGGGGGAGAAGCUACAGGUCCUGAACGGAACUGGAGCCUGGUGGCUGGCCAAGUCGCUCGUCACAGGAAGAGAAGGCUAUGUGCCCAGCAACUUCGUGGCCCGAGUGGAGAGCCUGGAAGUGGAGAGUUCCUGCUGUUUUCCAGGAUGGUUCUUUAGAUCACUGAGCCGCAGGGAGGCCGAGAGGCAGCUUCUGGCUCCCGUCAACAAGGCCGGCUCCUUUCUCAUCAGAGAGAGUGAAACCAACAAAGGUGCCUUCUCUCUGUCUGUGAAGGAUGUCACCGCCCAGGGGGAGCUGAUCAAGCACUAUAAGAUCCGCUCCCUGGAUGAGGGGGGCUACUACAUCUCCCCCCGGAUCACCUUCCCCUCGCUGCAGGCCCUGGUGCAGCACUAUUCCAAGAAGGGGGAUGGUCUCUGCCAGAGGCUGACCCUGCCCUGUGUGGGCCUGGCCCCGCAAAACCCCUGGGCGCAGGAUGAAUGGGAAAUCCCCCGGCAGUCUCUCAAGCUGGUCAGGAAACUCGGGUCUGGACAAUUUGGCGACGUCUGGAUGGGUUACUACAAAAACAACAUGAAGGUGGCCAUCAAGACGCUGAAGGAGGGAGCCAUGAGUCCAGAAGCCUUCCUGGGCGAGGCCCACGUGAUGAAGACCCUGCAGCACGAGCGGCUGGUCCGGCUGUACGCCGUGGUCACCAAGGAGCCCAUCUACAUUGUCACCGAGUACAUGGCCAGAGGAUGCCUGCUGGAUUUCUUGAAGACGGAUGAAGGGAACGGAUUGUCACUCCCGAGGCUGAUCGACAUGUCGGCCCAGAUUGCUGAAGGGAUGGCGUACAUCGAGCGCAUGAAUUCCAUCCACCGCGACCUGCGGGCGGCUAACAUCCUGGUGUCUGAGACCUUGUGCUGCAAGAUUGCUGAUUUUGGCUUGGCUCGGAUCAUCGACAGUGAAUACAUGGCCCAGGAGGGGGCCAAGUUUCCCAUCAAGUGGACUGCCCCAGAAGCCAUCCACUUCGGGGUCUUCACCAUCAAAGCAGACGUGUGGUCAUUUGGAGUCCUCCUGAUGGAAGUCGUCACUUACGGGCGGGUGCCAUAUCCAGGGAUGAGCAACCCCGAGGUCAUCCGCAACCUGGAGCGCGGUUACCGCAUGCCGCGUCCCGACACCUGCCCUCCCGAGCUGUACCGCGGCGUCAUCGCCCAGUGCUGGCGCAGCCGGCCCGAGGAGCGGCCCACCUUCGAGUUCCUGCAGUCGGUGCUGGAGGACUUCUACACGGCCACCGAGCGGCAGUACGAGCUUCAGCCCUAGCCAGCCCGCGCCCGCCGGCGCCCCGUGCCCACCACUGUGCGGACGACCUCCAGCUCCCGUGCCAGCACCGACGGGCCGCGAAGGCACCGGGA